AAAUUCCCCAGGGUAUUUUGUGCAAACUCCCCAUAUAUAAAUAGUAAGCAGCAGUGUAUAGUGUUGUAUCAUUAUUGAGUUCAAAGCCAAGCCAGUGAAAAACUGGAGGAUCUUUUCAUUGCAAUUUGUACUUGCCUGAUUUACUGAUUAACGAAGGUAGCUACUCUGUCACUGUUUUAUAAGCUGUGCUGGAUCGGAUACAAGGCUGAUUAUACAGCAUAAUAAACUAGAUCUACUUGCGGAAGAAGUCUUACAUCCCGAAACUGAAUGGGGAAUAUUUACUCAAAAGAAGAAACAAGCGGCUCAUCUGAUAGAGAGAGAGAUUGGGCACACCCAAUACCAUUUUGUGACAAUGCUUCUAUCUCUAACGCCAGUAUCCUUUCGGAAUCGAAUCCUUCUCUUGCUGAACAGUUAUACGAUCCUGCUGAAGAAUCUUCUCAAGAGAGCUUCAAGCGAAGUAACUCCAACUCCAGCCUUUCGGACGACAGUGGUGCUCAUUCCGACGAUGCAGAACUAGACACCUACUUUCGCUGUCCAUGUGGCCGUACUGACUUUCCUCACUGCCUCUACCCACCUCCAAUGUGCCUAGAUAAUCGUCACUCAAACACACAAGGAUUCCCAGAGCUGGAUUUAUCUCAUGGCGCUGACAAUGAAAGCAGAGUACAACAAAGGAUGGAUGAACGUUUGGUUGCGGAAACAACUACUAUUAGAAAUGAAUAUAUGAGGUUUGGGAUGGCUGUGCGCAACUGGGUGCAAUCGAUCAAUCAAAUCGAAUCUAUUCUGAUGACUCUUGUUCAGUUACAAGGGCAGCCGCACGCUAACUUCUCCAGUUUUGAUGAGCUAUUUCGAGCUGUCAUAGUGAAUGCUGACUACAUCAAUCAUGAAGCUCUAAAAAUUGUCGUUGAAGAAUGCAGAAGGCAAGGAUCUAAUGACGAACUUUACGCUGUUGUCCAAGUUGCUGAAGAAAAAUUUGAUCAAGCAUUUUGUAAAUUUGCCCGACAACGUGUGUUUUCUCUCCCAGGUGGCCUAGAGGAACUUCCUCUACCCACACAACAGGGAGUAUACAAAGAGCUGAAGUUGAAGAUCGAGGAAAACUACACCACAUUUACGAUGGAACGAUUGAUGUACUUCAAAAAGGUUGUAAAGAAGGUCUUGCAUCUCCCAGAACAGAUAAUACUGAGACUUACGUCUGUGAAUGAAGGCUGUGUACAAAUUACUUUCCAAGUAAUUGGCACAGUUUCUAACAAAAUCUUUGAGCUGACACCCAGCCAGAAGAAUGCUUUGAUCGGGUAUAACAUCACAAUGAUCGAGUGCAAUGGAUGUGUUCUUUAUUGCUGCUGUGAUCUUUUCAAAGAUGAGGAAGCUCUGGAUGUCAUCAACCAAGUUUACCAGCGAGUAAGAUUGACCGCUCUACCAAGGAAUGUCACUGAGCAACAGCUACUUCUUGAGGAACAUUCUUCGGAUUGCCCACACAUUAAGAAGGAAAACUGUGCAAUUGAGAUGUGCUCUAGCUGUGCAAAACAAAUGCAUCAUUGCUCCUUGGAGUACCACGCUCUGAGAUGCAGUAACGACGCCUGGUUUUGGAGUUACACCAGCUCUGAGUUUUCUGACGAUGACAUUUACUCCGAGGAAGAAAACUUUAAGAACUGUUUGCCCCAACCUCGCCAUCCAUUUGUUGAGUGUGACACAAAGAAUGAGUGUCUGGAAGGUUUAGUCAAACAGGCACCCAAGAAAAGUGUUCCCUUUGAAGCACAUUCAGGACCACCUGGAGGAAUAAAAGCUUCAAUGCGAACAGUCUGUUUUCUCAGUGUGGUUAUUGCUCUUGCAGCCAUCUCUUUCUACUUGUCGAGUUCCAGCUCUGUCCUCUACCAAAGGGAUGUGAUGCGGCCUACAAAGGUGUUUCGAGAUCCAAUUGGCCUUCUUGACGUGGAAAAUGUUAAUCAUUUCAUGCUCAAGGUUAACAGCAGCAGACGACAACUUUUAAACUAUUCGAGCUCAAAAUGUACAUUGUGUCAGAAAAAUCCUCCUAUUACUGAUAUUGAUAUGAGAAGAGCGAGAAGAGUGGAAAUUGAUGUUGUGAAGACCUUACUUUUGACUAAGAAGAAAUUGCCCAACGUGUAUAUAACUUGCAAAUUCAGACCACAACCGGAUGAGCCAAGCUUUCUGCAGCUGAACAUAAGGAGCACACUAUCUCUCUCAAGGCAUCCCAUUAUACAUGUACUUCUUGAUUUACUGACUUCUACGUACGAACAAAGAAUGGAUCGAGUAAGGAACGUAUGGAUGAAAGGAAUAGGACUCAUGGAAGGCUCAAUAACGACAGAAUUGGGCCGUACUUUCAAUGAUCAGUCAUGCAAGUGUCGAGGUGCAUAUACAUUGUGCUACCAUAAAUCGAAAUUGAAGGAGUCAAUUUCAUUGAAAGCAUCGUGUUUGACAAUAAUGCACGGACUAUUAGACAUGUUGUUUCAUCUUGGAGCUCAUGCUUACUGGCCGAGUAAACACUUUCAGGAAUCAACACGCCAGUUGCGGCUGAUAAUUAAGACUACGCAGAACAAACGUUCCCCAUUGUCUUCAAGGCGAGAUUUUGCUUGUUAUACAGGCCCUUCAACGCCAGAUCGCCUGUUCUUGUCGGUGAUACAAUUUCACUGGUGGCACUCAAAUAACUGUGACUGUACUCGAAGCUUAGGGAAUUUAAACGCGGUGUUACCACCACAUACACAUGUACCUUCUAGUGCCCCAUAUACAACCAAUUUUAAAAGCAAAUUUAAGCAUCAUGAACACCACUUUCAACUUCCAAUCCAUAUAAGCACUUCCUACCAUGUGAAAACCUCUUUUUGUACCAAGAAACAUGUACUUUCCCCCUUUCGACGCUGGGCUUUAUUUUUGACAUCCCUCUCACUCACACCUCCGCCGAUAUUGUCCAUUUCACAAAUACAUGUUCAAAGCUCUCAUGUUGUUUUGUUGGCACUCAUGUGUCUGACAUAUUCCGUCUUUUUUUGGUCACAACCGUAUUUUCAAAAUUGAUAAAAAGUUUUAAAACUUA